GUAAUUACGGUACGCGUAAAAUUAAAAAAAAGGAAGCGAAAAGUAGAGAAAAAAAGGAGAAACCAUGAGCGACGCCACUGACGUUCAGUCUGCUGUUAUUUUGGAGCUGCAAGGCGUUAGGGAGGCCGCACUUCCGCCCAGCUUUAACCCCUCGGAUCACGGCCUGGAGGAUACCUUUCGUCUGACACGCUUCGUCGACUCGGAGGCAGGCGGCUGCAAGGUGCCCAAGGAUGAGCUUUUGAGCGCGCUCUUGGCAGCGGGUCUCACCAAAGCGGGGCAGCCGGAAACCGUAGUGCAGGACGAGACGCUGCCGUUGCCAUCGGUUGUGCCCAAACUGGGCAUCCCGUUCGACUGCUCUGUGAUUCCGCUGCGCACAGGCGCAUGCUGGCUGGUGCAGGCCGCCGGCUUCUGCUGCCCCAUCAUUGACGAUCCCUACGCGAUGGGCAAGAUCGCCUGCGCCAAGGUGCUGAACAAUCUCUAUGCGAUGGGCGUCAGCCAGUGCGACAGCAUGACGCUGCUGCUGGGCGUGAGCAGUGGGUGGACGGAGCAGCAGCGCGAUGUGGUGCUGCCCAUAAUGAUGCGGGGCUUCAAGAGCCGCGCCUCUGAGGCUGGCGCCCAAAUUUCUGGCGUCCAGAUCGUAGUCAAUUCCUGGUGCAUGCUGGGCGGAGUGGCCUCGACCAUUUGCCAGAUGAACGGGUUCAUUGAGCCGGGCUACGCCAUCGCUGGCGAUGUCCUGUUGCUGACCAAACCCCUGGGCACACAGCUGGCCCUCGAUGCAUACCGGAGCAUCGGCAACGCACCGGGAUCCUGCCGCAAGCCCAUAAAGCUGACCAUCACCGAGGAGCAGGUGAAAGAGGCCCACCGUCAGGCCACCAAGUCGAUGUCCCGCCUCAAUCGCGAGGCCGCUCGGCUUAUGUUCAAGCACAAUGCCCACGGGGCCACCCACGUUGGCGAAUUGGGUCUCUUGGGGCAUGCCCAGCACCUGGCAUAUCUGCAGAAGAAUGAGCUUUCCUUCUCCAUUUACAACCUGCCCUUGAUCGGCCAUAUGGCAGCCCUGGCCAUGAACAAUGGCGAAGCCAACGAUCGCCUGCUGUUGCAGGGGCUUGCCCCCGAACAUUCGGGCGGUCUGCUCAUCUGCAUGCCACGGGAGCAGGCCACCUCCUUCUGCUCCGAAAUCAAGAAAUUGGAGGGCCAUCAGGCCUGGAUCAUCGGCAAGGUAGAGAAGGGCAACAGGAGUGCACGGGUCAUCGAGAAGGUUCAGCUCAUUCACGUGGAGGAUGAAUAAAUGUUUGCAAAUUUUUUACUUAAAUAAAAACAGCGAAGACA